GUAGCUGGAGAAUAGAUAAACGCCGUUUAAUGUUGUUUCCAUACUAAAUCGGACCAUAAAUUCUCGAAAGGUAAAAAGAUUGAACAGUGCGUGGUAGUCUCAUUCAUCGUGAGCAGCGACCUGUAACAUGGUAAACCAAGCAUUUAGAAAUAAGGUCUGAAAACAUAAAUUGUGUCCCACUUGUCUUGUUCGUGUAUCGAUCUUUUAACCUAUGGACCUAGGUCCAUGGUUAAACGUAGGUAUUUAUCAGGCGUAUCAGGAACCAUAUACAGUGUUAUUGAUCUCGAGAUAUUAGCUUAGCGAUAGACUUUGAUACAAAGCAGAUCAUUUCGUAACGAAUAUCCAGGUAAAUGUUACUCGUUUUGUUGCCUACCCGAAUAAAGGCCUACCAUACAUUGGUUGUACGUCCUUUGAGUUACAUGAAUAUACACAUUUAGAUUAUGGCGGGAAAUGUGGACGUUGAAUCUGUAGUCGACCGUAUCUUCAAGCUGUUUGAUGACCAUGGCAGUGAAGAUUACAUAGGGGAGCCGGUUUCGCAGACUGAACACAUGAUUCAAUGUGCUAUGCAGGCAGAGCAGGGCGGCUACGGAGAGGAGGUCAUAUUAGGUGCACUGCUCCACGACAUUGGGCAUCUCGUUGGCAUGGAGCAAGGCUCAUCUCGCAUGGAAACAGGCGGGGUUGCUUUGGGAGCAGCGAAUCAUGAGAUCUUGGGAGAGAGGUUCCUGCUCGACCUCGGUCUUCCGGAAACAGUUUGCAAGCUGGUCAGAGGUCACGUGGACGCCAAAAGAUACUUGGUUUACAAGAACGAAGAAUAUAGAAAACAACUGUCAGAAGCAAGUAAGAUGACGCUUGUACACCAAGGUGGCCCCAUGGAUGCUGAUGAAGCGGCCUCCUUUGAGGCGUCCCAAUACCAUGACCUCAUCCUUCAAAUGAGACAAUGGGAUGAAAGGGCAAAGGUCAAGGGGUUACCGAUUGACCCACUCCAGAAGUACAAGGAAAUGUGCAGGAGAGUUGUUGGAAACUGUGGCAAAGUGUGAAUGACUUAAUGGAUUUUUUUUAUUGGAGAGCAAUUGAUUGCCGUUUUCCAGUAAAGAUCAACCAAGCCGUUUGGGUUUAUCUGACAUGACGAUUUCUUGCCUUUAAACGAAGUUGGGAUUGUUUGACGUCAUCAAUUACCGUAUUUGCAUUAUAGUCUUAUCAAUCCCAAUGAUGUGUUUAUCACUGCUUUUUACAAACAAAAAAAAAGCGUGACAUAAAAAUUUCAUAAAUGGAUUGUACGUACAGUGCCGGCCGCGGGAAACGUCACGCCCGAGCACGCAAACAGCCUAGGGGGCUUUCGCGUCUAACCGAGGGUAUUCAAGGGGAGCAGUCUAGGGCGUUUAGACGGGC